UGUUUUCUAAAGGAACGUUUUAUUCACUUUUUAGUAUUUUCUACCGGGGGCACGCUACCCGCCUCGGUCCAGACUGCUUUGUAAACGGGUUUUAUAUGUAUAUAUGUGUAGAUAUACUUUGGACACCUUACAACGCUUGCGCCUCUCCAACAGGGGCACGGCUUGUUGUUUUGGACAUCCUUCUUCCCUUUCCACUUGGUACUCCGAACGCAGUGUGACCAAACUCCCCACUGCCCCUUGGACGCGGAUCGCCUUGGGGUGCAAGUUUGGGGUGCAAGAGUCUAGUUAACAGGAAGGCCUGGGACCGCCCCGCCCCCACCGCCAGCGGUUGGGGAAGUUUACAUCUGGAUUUUCACACAUUUUGUCGCCACUGCCCAGACUCUGACUAACGUUGUGGGCGCCGGGUUUUCGGUACUGCGGCCUUCUCAAAUAUUAGCACUGCCUCCACGCGCCUGCCCUGUCCCUCCAGGCCGCCGAGGUCCUGCCCUCGCCCCGGCGGAGCGUGAUCCCGAGGGCGCAGUGGAACCCGGGGCCUGGGGCCCGCGCUGAGCAGCUAUGGCUGCAGCGAUAGCCAGCUCCUUGAUCCGGCAGAAGCGACAGGCGAGGGAGUCCAACAGCGACCGGGUGUCGGCCUCCAAGCGCCGUUCCAGCCCCAGCAAAGACGGGCGCUCCCUGUGCGAGAGGCACGUCCUCGGGGUAUUCAGCAAAGUGCGCUUCUGCAGCGGCCGCAAGAGGCCAGUGAGGCGGAGACCAGAACCCCAGCUGAAAGGAAUUGUGACAAGGUUAUUCAGCCAGCAGGGAUAUUUCCUGCAGAUGCACCCAGAUGGUACCAUUGAUGGGACCAAGGACGAAAACAGUGACUACACCCUCUUCAAUCUAAUCCCUGUGGGCCUGCGUGUGGUGGCCAUCCAAGGGGUGAAGGCCAGCCUCUAUGUGGCCAUGAAUGGUGAAGGCUAUCUCUACAGCUCAGAUGUUUUCACUCCAGAAUGCAAAUUUAAGGAAUCUGUGUUUGAAAACUACUAUGUGAUCUAUUCUUCCACACUGUACCGUCAGCAAGAAUCAGGCCGAGCAUGGUUUCUGGGACUCAAUAAGGAAGGUCAAAUUAUGAAGGGGAACAGAGUGAAGAAAACCAAGCCCUCAUCACAUUUUGUACCAAAACCUAUUGAAGUGUGUAUGUACAGAGAGCCAUCACUACAUGAGAUUGGAGAAAAACAGGGGCGUUCGAGGAAAAGUUCCGGAACACCAACCAUGAAUGGAGGCAAAGUUGUGAAUCAAGAUUCAACAUAGCUGAGAACUCUUCCCUUCGUCCCUCUCUCAUCCCUUCCUUUUCUCCCCUUGCCCUUUACCCAUUUCCUUCCAAUAAAUCCACCCAAGGAGAGGAAAAUAAAAUGGCAACCCAAGACCCAGUGGCUAAGAUUCUGCACUCAAAAUCUUUCUUUGUGUAGGAUAAGAAAAUCGAACCAAAGCUUGUCUGUUGCAAUGUGGUAGAAAAAUGCACAUGCACAAAGAUUAGCACACCUAAAAGCAGAGGAAAAAAUAAAUCAAGACUCCACAAGCAUUAAAAUAAACUGUGUUGUUAUUAAUAGAGGGCUAAAUGUAAUGAAAACAUAACUAUCAUAAAGAUGAAAUAAAAUUAUUACCUUAAAGAAGAGGGUUUUGGAAAAUUGAACUUACAAAUCGAUGUAAUACCCUAAAUACCUUAAACUCUGGAUAAUUCUCUGGUGUGUGUUUUGUUUUGAAUUUGUAUUUUCUUUGGACAUCUGGAAUUGACACAUAAUUACAUUCUGUUUCCAGGAUUUUUUUUUACCAUGAUAUUGAACAUGUAUGAAUUAUAGAUUCUUCUAUUGCCUAUAAGGUAUAUAGCCAGAAAUCAUUUAACAUCAAGAAAAGUUUAAAAUUUUAUUCUUGAAAUCGAUAUUUAAGAUUGUUUCAUGCAAAGGAUAGCCUUAUGUUGAAUUUAAUGCUAUUAGCUGAUUUCAUUCCUUCCUGAAAAGACUUUCAGAUUCUCCUAGGAGAAUAUCAUGUUUUUUUCAAAGGUAUUAAUUCAGGGGCUCAUUUUUUUUCUUUAGCCAUUUAGAAAAAAAUUUCAGGUUUUAAGGCUGAUGUAACUUUUAGGAAUUCUUUGUCAUUGCCAUGCCCAGGCAGUGAUAAAUAAGUUAUGUGCUCAUACCAUUUUGGUCUGAUUUUUUACUUUGUGGACACCUUUGAGAGUAUAGGUGCAUGUCUAGCUGUCUUAGAGAGUUUUAUACCAUCUCUUGCAGCAGGAAAGAAGGAAGAGGAGUUUUAUAUAAAGAAAUAAAUCCUAAGAAAUUGGUGAAAGCAAAUUGUAUUUGUCUUUGUACCUUACCAGAGUUUUCUGUAUGUAGCAUUUUCCAAACUUCACCAAGGAAUUGGGAAGCAUGGCUGUGAAAUUCCUAACUUACUAUCUUAUGA